UCUGAACGCAGAACCUGAACCGGCAUCGAAAGUGCCAAGGAGGCGCCACGACUUCAGUGCCAGAAUAAAGGCAGGAGCGGCCGCCGUGAUGAGCGACAUGGACAUCAGCUUCUCCUCGGGCCACGGCGGCGACGGCGAGGACCUCGUCACCAACUCGUCCUUCCUCCUGAACCGCCCUGACGCCAUCAACUUUCUCCUGAGUUCGCCGGACUCCUCCAGCGACGGCUCCACGUGCAGACAGCAGGACACUUCCUCCCGAGGGUCAGCUGCUGCGCCAGCGCCGGCGUCUACGAGGUCCGAGGCCAUGUCCGUCGCAGUGGCCACCUUCGUCCAGCGGCUCUUCCCUUCCCUGGUGGUCAAGACCCUGCCGCCGUGGCUGGCCUCCUUCUGCCCCCACAUCGCCAGGCGCAUCGAGCGCGCGUCGCCGCAGGAGACGGAGUACGUGUUGAAGCGCCUCCGGCGGCACAUGCGCAUCAACGAGGACGGCGCGCUGAGCAUGUCGCUCGUGGCCAUGUCCAUCCUGCGGCUCCACCCCGAGGUGGUGGAGAGCGUCGCCAGGAGGCUCACGGACGCCAAGGCCAUCCGCCUGCCGCUGCUCCUCCGGGAGCGGCUGUCCUGCGGCAAGUUCGUGCCCAUGGAGCACGUGCUGUACGGCGAGUGCAUGAUGGAGGGCACAGUGUGUCACGUGGAUGCGCAGGGCAAGGACGUGCCCCCGGAGCCCUACCCGCUAAACGUCAAGAAGCAGCUGCCUCCGCCGGACUUCGUGGAGGCGACGACGCGGAGCGACGUACUGCGCGGACUGACGACGCACGGCAUGUGCCUCGCACGGCGGUUCCCUCUGCUGGCCGCCUCCAUGCACGGCCUCGUGCAUCACCUGUGGGAGCUCAUGUUCACCGAGAAGAUGUCGGCGGCGACCGGCAUACAGCUGUACAACGCCUACUUCGAGGAGUUCGAGAAGCAGCUGUCGCUCCUGACGGUGCUGUCGAUGGACAGGUUCCCCGAGUGGCUGCUGGAGAGGGUGGCGCCCCUGGAGCCCAAGAGCGCCAGCGACCAGGCGGCGGGGACGCCGUAGGCCUGGGCCCGAAGGCAAAGUAUCUGUAUCAUUGCAUCUCAUGCUUCUCAUCCAGCUUUAAAAUUGUGCUCAUUUUAUAGUUUAUAUACGUAUGCUAUAUCGGAAAUACAUUCAUGGAGUAAAAUUA